GUAUGAUCGUGUCUAACGUCACUCUAAGUUGUGGCACAAGCAACCCGUGGGAAGUUAGGAACGGUGAGUCUGUGGUCUCGCCGGGAGGAGGUCGCAGUUCUUUGAGCCCCACCGGAAAUCUCGUGGUGGCAGUGUGUCUAGGGUUUAUAGGUACAUUCGGAUUCCUCAACAACCUCCUGGUGUUAACAUUAUUUUGCCGGUUCCGCACGCUGCGCUCGCCCAUCAACGUCCUCCUCGUAAGUGUGUGUGUGUCGGACCUGCUGGUCUGCGUGCUCGGGACACCGUUUAGCUUCGCAGCGGCCACGCAGGGCCGAUGGCUCAUCGGUACGGCUGGCUGCGUCUGGUAUGGCUUCAUCAACGCGUGUUUGGGUAUUGUGUCUUUGAUCUCGCUGGCAGUGCUGUCCUAUGAGCGGUACUGUACCAUGCUGUGUCGGACUCAAGCGGAUGGCGGUGACUUCGGUCCAGCUGUGGCCGGAGUGUGUUUUUCCUGGCUCUACUCCCUGGCCUGGACAUUACCCCCGCUUCUGGGGUGGAGCAGCUACGGCCCAGAGGGACCAGGAACCACGUGCUCAGUGGACUGGAGGAGUCAGACGCCCAACAACAUUUCCUACAUCCUCUCUCUGUUCACCUUCUGCCUGUUGUUGCCCUUCGGUGUCAUACUGUACAGCUACUGUAAGUUGCUCAACGCUGUCAACCAGGUGAGCAGUGUGAGCUCAGCGGUGACCCGUCGCCGUGAGCAACGUGUGUUGGUUAUGGUGGUAACCAUGGUAGCCUGUUACCUGGUGUGUUGGCUCCCCUAUGGUGUAGCGGCACUGCUGGCGACCUUUGGCCCCUGUGGUCUUUUGAGCCCUGAGGUCACCAUCGUCCCCUCGCUGCUCGCCAAGACAUCCACAGUCAUCAACCCUGUAAUAUACAUCUACAUGAACAGACAGUUCUACAGGUGUUUUAAGGCCCUGUUAAGGUGUUCCGCUCCAGACCAAAGUUCCAGUUCGAAAACACCAAGGGCACCCAAAACACUCCAGACCGUUCGCCAUGGAGACGGAAACAACGUGACAGUUGUCGUUGCAUCGGUUGGCCCGCCCACUCCCACUGAUUACCUACCGCCAUCACCUCCCAAUACUCCUCCCACUGAACAAACCCCUCCCACUUUCAUGCUCAAACCAAGACUGUCCCUGGUAGCUCACUACAAUGGAUACAAAGAGUGA